UUUUUACUCCCGUACUCCCCUUCUAUCACUCAACCCGAAUCCUUUGGUCUCACAACUGCGUCGCCUUCCAGGACUUCACUAAUCUUGCGACCAUUAGCUCCUGGCUGGGAGAGUGUUGGCUGGCGGGGCAGGGUCAUUGUUAUCGCGAUCGAGGCUGCGCGGGGUAUAUCAAUCCGAGACCAGAUCGGUUACAGUGGCCCAUACAAAAAGAACGACGGCCUCUCCCGGGGUUUAUAAUUGUUGAUUUUCCACCUUGGAAUAACUCCAAAGAGCCUCUUUUGAAGUCAAUUGUACUAGCAGCACUUUUCUCGACAUGACGAAACCGCAUGUGUUGCUACUCGGAGAGAUUCUACGUGCACACGAAGCUUGGGAAUCGCUUUCAUCGUUGGCCGAAAUCGUCAGUCCCAAAGCCCAGGACCGCACCGAAUUCCUCGAGGAAUGUCGUAACGGUGCAUUUGACAAAGUUCUGGUGAUUUAUCGGACGUUCGAGAGCGUCGCACUGACUGGCUGCUUCGACGAGGAGCUUGUGCGUACGCUACCGGAUAGUGUACAAUUCAUCUGUCAUAACGGCGCAGGUUACGACCAAAUAGACAUCUCUGCUUGCACUGCACGAGGGAUUCGGGUCUCGAACACGCCGACCGCCGUCAACGAUUCGACCGCCGAUUUGAACCUAUUCUUGAUCCUUGGUGCUCUCCGAGGGUUCAAUGCUUCGAUGAUUUCAUUACGGGAAGGCAAAUGGAGGGGAUAUCCGCCACCGCCGCCAGGCCACGAUCCUACUGGCAAGAUCCUAGGGAUAUUGGGCAUGGGAGGCAUUGGCAGGAAUCUCAAGAAAAAGGCUGAAGCAUUCUCCAUGAAAGUCAUCUACCACAACAGGAAUAAGCUCGACGGAGACCUGGCGGGAGGUGCAGAAUACGUCAGCUUCGAGGAGCUUUUGAAGAAGAGUGAUAUCAUCAGUCUCAACCUGCCCCUGAAUGAAGAGACUCGACACAAAAUAUCGGUGCACGAACUUGCGAUGAUGAAGAAAGGUGUUGUAAUCGUUAAUACAGCACGGGGUGCGGUCAUUGAUGAGAAGGCUCUAGUCAAUGCGCUGGAUCGGGGACACGUCGCAUCCGUUGGUUUGGAUGUGUACGAGAAUGAGCCAGAGGUACAUCCGGGGCUAGUGGCCAACCCCAAUGUACUGCUCGUCCCGCACUUAGGCACAUACACUGUGGAGACCCAAAGAGCAAUGGAGGACUGGAACAUCUCGAAUGUAAGGUCUGUACUGGAAUCCGGCGCAUUGAGGAACGUGGUACCGGAGCAAAUUGACCUCUGAGACCCUCGGGGUGGGCGCAAGAGCCAGGCGUUCGCAUCGCAACGUCAAGGGCACACAAGUAUUUCCUUUUCUAUGAUUAGACAUGGUAACCUGGUGAUGAGAGGAAAUUGAGAAGUAGUUGAAUAUUGCAAAGC